ACCCGCCACUCGCCAGUUCGCAGUUGACAUCGCACGCGCAACCCGUCGCCACAGCACUGUUAACAAUAUGAGACCAGUCCUCGACAUCGAUCAAAUUCUUUCGGAAAACAAAGAGUGGAGGAAGCUGGAGGAGGAAUGGGGCAUUCCUGUCGACCUGGAGGCGGACAACGACGACGACACGCCACAACUCAAGCCAGUCGUCAGCACCCUGGAUCUUAAAACUACCUUCGAUUCUUCGUUCCUCUUCAAGAAAGUGAGGCGCCAUGUUGGACGGCAAGUCUCCAAAAUAUCUAAUCUCGAGUACAAGGACUUUAUUAACGACCUCCAACAUGGCUCCUCUAAAGAAUCUUCCCAGCAGUUCUACAUCGUCAACGGACAAAUUAUUUCAGCAACGUCCGUUGACGAGAUUUGCAAGAAAAUCGACGAGGUUUUCAAAACCAUUGAAAGGUUCGCGAUGGCUAAGGCAAACAAUCUACCAGAAACUAUUGCAUGCAGCAUAUCCACGAGCGAUCUCUCGUUUGAUGACACCAAUAGAGGAGACGAGGUGAACGAUACGGAUGAAAUGGAGCGACACAUGGAGGAGGCGUUCCAAGAUCUCAACUCCACGCUGAACAACAUGGAACUGGAAGGCGUGGAUCGUUCAACACUGGACUCUGUCACCACCCUAGUCAGGAAGUAUAGUGAUGUGCUUAGCAGGCCGGCUGUCAAGUGUAGUCCGCGGCGUGAACGCCAGUGCAGUGAAAAGUUCAAAGACUUAGCAGAGUUCUGGAAGAGUCGUGCGUUCCAUACUCGAGGCGGACAGGACGCUUCUAGAUUGUCGAACAUCUAGCUUAUAGUGAGUUCAUUGUGAGUAUAAUUCUGACUGAUAUUAGCCAUUAUUAUUUGUAUAAAAUUGAUACUUUUAAAGUUAUAUAAAUUAUUUUAAUAUUAAUUAAGUAUUUAAAUUUAUGUAAAUUG